CGUUGUUGCUGACAUCAGAGGCGCAGCUCGAGGGGAAAAACUCAGCUCCCUCUCUGUAGUGUGUGUGCAGACGAGCGAAGAGCAGGGUGACAAAACAAACUUUCCUCUGAAACACAUUUGCAGUUUUUCGUCCCGUCUGUCACAGCUGCUGUGGAUUAUGCACCUGGGAGAGGAGGACACAUAUGUGCCUGAACACAGCUUGUAUUUGUAAUUUCUGCGGACAGAUUGCAGUUUCCGGAUAACAGAACACACUGUUUUGGUGAACAUUUUCUGCUCUGCAUCUGUUGGGAUUUUUUUUUGUCCGCUCUUCCUGUCGGUUAUCUCUCAUAAGCUUACACUCAGCCAGUUUAUUCGUCUUCAGAACAUUCUGCAGCCACAACAAAAAAACAUGGAGACACUAAGAUAACAAGGAUGAAAUCUUCGCCUGCUGAGAGAAGUUGAGCUCUGUGCUCGAGUUCAACAGGACCACUUCCUGAUGAUGACAGUAAACAUGGAUGACGGUCUCCAAAAUGGACCCGGACAGCACAGGAACUCACAAGAUGACGAGGAGGCGCUGAACUCCAUCAUGAAGGACCUGGCAGCGCUGGGUCGCUGCUACACCCAGCCCAACAGCCACAAACCCAAGAACAGAACCUUACUCUACAAGCAGGAUUUAAGAGUCAAGCUGGAGCAUGAGAGAGAGAAACGAAUCAUCCCGUUCCAGAGGCCACUGAAGAUCAAGGAGCUGCUGCAGAAGGUGACAGAGGCCUUUGGACAGCAGAUGGACAUGUACUUCACGGAAAAAGAGCUGCUGCUGCCCAUGAAGACCCAGGAGGAUCUAGAUCAGGCCGUGCUGACGUUAGGCUGCAGCACAGGGACCAAUGGGCUGCUCAGGAUACUGCUAAAGACCCCCAAGAACAACCAUUACCUACAGGUGAACAGCAGGGACAAACAGAGCGAGAUGAAGUCAUCACGGUCUCUGGGAGAUCUGAAGGGCUCCCUGCUCAAGGGCUCAGAGAGGGUGCGCAAACACUCGACAGGUUCCCUGCACACAGGUCGGACGUCCCCACCUCCAGGCAGCGUCCCCGAGGAGCAGCAGCAGAUCGCUCGCCAGGGCUCCUACACCAGCAUCCACAGUGAAGGGGAGUUCAUCCCUGAGACCCAGGACCAGAAUAUGGAUCCUUUCGGGAGCGCGGACAACUCACUUUCGAGCAGCUGUCAAUCAAUAGAUCAAGCACUGGACAGUCCUCCUUUCUCGCAGAACAACCGGGACAAUAAUUACCUGAACCUCAACUAUGAAUACAAAGGACGCCAUGGAAAAGGAGGGACUUUCCCCCGCCAGUUCCAGUUGCCCAAUCGCAGCAAGGAUUACGGAGACCGUCGUAGGACACUUCCGCGCAGCUUCAUGCCGCAAGAGAACCUGUUUCAGCUAGUUCCAUCCAGUCGCACACGGAGUUAUAAUGGUGAAAGUACGCUGCAGUACGGCGACCUGCGCUCACUGGGCCGCACUGCUGACAAAAGCUGCCAGCGUGGGACAGCCAAGUCGCCGCGGGCGCCAGUCAACUGGCGACAAGGAAAGCUCCUGGGGCGCGGGGCGUUUGGGGAGGUCUACCUCUGUUAUGACGCCGACACAGGCCGUGAGCUGGCUGCCAAGCAGGUUCCCUUUGACCCCGAUUGUCAAGAAACCAGCAAGGAGGUGAACGCUCUAGAGUGUGAGAUCCAGCUGCUGAAGAAUCUGCGUCAUGAGCGGAUAGUUCAGUACUACGGUUGUCUGCGGGAUCUGGAACAGAGGAAACUCACCAUUUUUGUGGAGUUUAUGCCUGGGGGCUCAAUAAAAGACCAGCUGAAAGCCUACGGGGCCCUGACUGAGAAGGUGACGAGGAGGUACACCAGGCAGAUCCUCCAAGGAGUCUCCUAUCUGCACAGCAACAUGAUUGUACACAGAGACAUCAAAGGUGCUAACAUCCUGAGGGACUCAUCAGGGAACGUGAAGCUGGGAGACUUUGGAGCCAGCAAACGUAUCCAGACCAUCUGCAUGUCUGGUACAGGAAUCAAGUCUGUCACUGGCACCCCCUACUGGAUGAGUCCUGAAGUCAUCAACGGGGAGGGCUACGGCCGCAAAGCUGAUGUUUGGAGUGUUGCCUGCACUGUUGUGGAGAUGCUCACCCAGAAACCUCCGUGGGCCGAGUACGAGGCCAUGGCGGCCAUUUUCAAGAUCGCCACCCAGCCUACAAAGCCCAUGCUUCCAGAGAGCGUAUCCGACGCGUGCAGGAACUUCUUACGGCAAGUGUUUGUGGAGGAGAAGAUGCGUCCCACUGCUGACGUUCUGCUUAGCCACCCGUUUGUACAGGGUAGCUUCUGAGGCCCAGGGACCCCCUCUCCCUCCCCCCUUCUUUGCCUGCGAGGGCCUCUGAGUCCGCGGCGCCUCCCCUCCUCUCCGGCCCGCCCCAUCCCGAGGGCUCCUCCCAAAAGUCACCAGGCUCCAGGGCUCACUCCAACUUCCUGCCCUGAUGCCCAUCACCAGUGUCUGCCUUGUCAGGAACCCUGUUUCUCUCACCAACUAGCUCAACUCCAAUUUGCCACGCAGAGGCCAGGUUGACUGCUGUCAGACCUGCAGAGUCCUCUGAGGCAUCACAGUGUGCUCCCCCAGGAGGAGACUGACGAGGAACCACUUAGCAGUCUCACAAGUCAGACUGCUGUCCUUUAACAAGAGCAGGAAAUAAAGGACCAAAGUGCAAGAGCAGAAUUGCUCUUGACACUCAUUUACUGCAGUAGAACAGUGUGUAGGUAUGUAAUCCUGACCGAGCGGGGACAUCACACCUGACAGUACUGUAUGUAACUCAUCAGCGAGUGUGAGUGAAAAUAAGAAGUUACAAAAAUGUAUAUGACACAUUCAAAGUCAUCUUAGCAGUUAAGUUUUCUAUCGAUUGCUAAAAAUUGUAAAUGUAUUUUUGCUAACGCCUUACAAUAAGAAUUUGUAAGUAAGAAUGUCUUUUUUGAAACAUCUUACAGGGUUGCAUUACCCUACUUUUAUAGCGCUCAUACGCCCAUUUAGAAGGAAUGUCAACAUUGCACUUUUGAUAUCGUGCAUUGACACAUUUCAAAACAUGCAGGAUAAUCAACUGAGGAGAUAUUUUUAUAUUUCAUUCAUGUUUUAAAUACUUUCAGAGUUGUGUAGUUUCUUCUUCAAAAAGACCAAAUUUUUUGCCGCAGUGUGCAAUGUCUAUCAAUACCAACAUUUACUGUUGGAGUCUGACAUCCAUCCCAGCUUCCCAUACAGUGAGCCGUGAGUCCACAGAGAAAAAGGGCCAAAGAAAAGAUGCAAGAACUUGUAAAGACUUAAAGUAAAUGUGCAGUAUUAGUCAUGUUGGAUUGUUUUAGUCGCCUCAGAGCCCUAUAGCCUUUUCUAUGUUAUGGCAGCUUCGUGCACAGUAAACUGCACAGACCAAAUCAGAUGCAUUGAUGUUAACGGAUUGAAGUAAACGUCUUAUUUACAUUUUUCUUGCAACUUCAGUAUGAAUCCAGUCACCCCAUGCCUUUACUUUGCUUCCCACACUGAAAGAAUGGCUCACCUGAUCACCACUUGACAGCACGUCAAGUUGGAAAGACGGAGCUGAAAUGCUGUAUUUUGUAAAAUGGAGAUUUAACGAGACUUUAUCUGUUGAGAUUGAUGUGGGAGGUGUAGUGGCUAGCUGUAAUACAGUGGCACUUCAGAAGUGAUCAAAUGUAUUUUGACCCUUGUCAGUGCCUUAUCUGAAUCUGCUUGUACACACAGAUGUUCGCUGCCAAAGCAGAGCGCUUCUUAAUAAAGUGAGCAGCUGUUCAGUAGAGCACACGCGCAAGAUUUUAUAUGGAAAAAAAAAGUUUAUACUGUAAAUACAUAUUGUUGUGCACUUUUGUAUGAAAUUUCUUUACAUUUUAUACAAAUCUAUUUGAUGAAAUAGCUAUGUUAUACAGUAGAAUGAACUGUGAUUUAGACAGGAUUAUGUAUGAAUGUCUCUUUGAAAGCUGGCAGGCGGUAUGAAAAGGCUGAGAAGGCUUUCGAUUGGGACAGUCUGUUUUGUCUUAAUGACAAAGCCUUGAAACAUGAAAUGUAUCAAGUCAAUGAUCUUUUAUACAUUUAACUUAAAUAAAUACAAAGCCUAAAACCACU